UCUCUCCCAGGUGCAUCUCCAGCCCCAAGCCAUGUCCUGCUACACCCCGUGCCGGCCCUGCCAGCCCUGCGGCCCCACCCCGCUGGCCAACAGCUGCAAUGAGCCCUGUGUCAGGCAGUGCCAGGACUCCACCGUGGCCAUCCAGCCCUCGCCCGUGCUGGUCACCCUGCCCGGCCCCAUCCUCAGCUCCUUCCCACAGAACACCGUGGUGGGAUCCUCCACCUCUGCUGCCGUUGGCAGCAUCCUCAGCUCUCAGGGAGUGCCCAUCAGCUCUGGGGGCUUUGGCCUCUCAGGCUUGGGCAGUGGCCUCUGUGGCACCAGGUGCCUCCCCUGCUAGAGCUGCUGGCCAUGGCCCUGGGCAAGGAAGCCAGGGACUGCCAGGAUGGAAGCGCCCUGGGGACGCAGCAUCGGCUCUUUGCUUCCCCAGGGGCUGAGCAACCCCAGCAGCUCCUGCAGCAGGAUGGGGCCAGCCUGGGCCCUUGGCAAGCACAGCCCAUCCCUGCCUCUGCCCUCUGCCCUCUGCCCCUCUGUCCUUUCCCUCCUGUGUCC